CACAAAUUGAACGCAACUAUUAAAAUAAACGGAAGGUUGUACAUUGCUGAUCUAAUCUUACCUUUGGUACACACGUUUCCCGUACUUUUAGGAUUACUCUAGUACUAUUUUUGCCCUUUUUCGGUGUCACGUUCACAUAUAUAUAUAAAGUUUACAAACCCCAUUCCCACAUUCACAAUUCUCAUUCUCCAAUUUUGCUCCGUCUCCAUUGAUUUAUUUUGGAAGCGGGGCAUCUCCUUAUUCAUCAAUUUCUGCAUCUCUUCUCAACAUGGCUCCCAACAGAUGGAUUAGACCCGAGGUAUACCCACUUUUCGUGCCUGUUGGUAUGGCUAUUGGCCUCUGCGCUAUGCAACUUGUUCGAAACAUAACCACUAAUCCUGAAGUCAGGGUAACCAAACAGAACAGAGCUGCAGGAAUUCCUGCCAAUGGAUCGGAGGGUGAGAAAUAUUCACAACACUUCGUCAGAAAGUUUCUCCGCGGCCAGAGCCCUGAGGUUAUGCCAUCCAUCAAUGGCUUCUUCUCCAAUCCAAAAUAAGUCAAACAGAUGCCAGGCUCUGUAUACCAGAAAAAAUUGAUUUUUCGGUGUAAUUAAUAGUAUUGGCUUUCUGUUAUUUUGAAUUGUGAAGUAGGACAAAGGGAUUUGGUUUUUCAGAUAAAGGAUGUAUUAUGAUUGUGUAAUUUCGUGUUGGAUGACAUUCAAUUUGUCUCAAAGAGUAUAAAAUUCUACUUACAUU